GAGAGUUUCCCUCAGCAUUCGGAAAGGGAGGAGGGGGUUGAGGUUGCUGCUAUGAGAAAAGAAAAAACCAACCACAGUAGAGUUUCUACUGACAUCAAAGGUUGGCUUGGCACCUGAAGCGGAGGAACUCAGAGAGUAACUGUGGCCACUGCCCAGUAGGUACAAAGAAGAGGCACCUCUACCCAGUGGUCAGCAACAAGAGCACAGAAAGAGAUCCCUGGAUAGGAGCCAUGGCAUGGCCACCUCCCUACUGGCUCUUCAUUCUGGGGACCCUGGCAGGGAUCUCAGCUACUCCAUCCCCCAAAAGUUGUCCAGAGAGGCACUACUGGGCUCAGGGAAAUCUGUGUUGUCAAAUGUGUGAGCCAGGAACAUUCCUAGUGAAGGACUGUGAUCAGCACAGAAAGGCUGCUCAUUGUGAUCCAUGUAUACCAGGGGUCUCCUUCUCUCCAGACCACCACACCCGGCGCCAUUGUGAGAGCUGUCGGCACUGUAACUUUGGUCUUCUCAUUAGUAACUGCACCCUCACUGCCAAUACAGAGUGUGGCUGCCCCAAGGACUGGCAGUGCAGGGACAAAGAAUGUACAGAGUGUGAUCCUCCUCCAAACCCCUUGCUGACCACUCAUCCAUCUGAGGUCCUGGGCCUAUACCCACCACCCACCCACUUACCUUACACCAAAAAGAUGCCAGAAACCAGGACGGUUAAUCAUGUGCAGACUCGGGCUGAUUUCAGGCUGCUGCCUUCCCCAACUCUCUCCACCCACUUGCCACACCAAAGGUCCCUGUGCAGCUCAAACUGUAUCCGCAUCUUUGUGAUCUUCUCUGGAAUGUUUCUUGUUUUCACCCUGGGUGGAGCCCUGUUCCUCCAACAAAGAAAAUAUGGAUCAAACAAAAAAGAAAGCCCACUGGAGCCUGCAGAGUCUUGUUCUUAUAGCUGCCCCAGGGAGGAAGAGGGUGGCGCCAUACCCAUCCAGGAGGACUACCGAAAACCAGAGUCUGCUUCCUACCCUUGAGUCAGCGCUGGGUGCGGAAUAGAAGGGAGGGUCACAGUUGCAAUAAAGCUCUUGCCUCCUUUCCACCCCACUGACUGUCCGGAAAGCCAGACCUGGCAGCCUCUGCUUUAAUACAGUCCUCUCAUCAGGACACUUUCCUGUGUACACUUAAAAGUGCCUUGCUGAGAUUGGCAGUGAAAAAACAGGAGACUGGUUCAGCAAGCUUGGCCCCUGUAUUAUGGGAGGGCCCAGGCUUUAGCGGUAAAACACACUUCUGGCUGCAAAAGCCCCACAUGCUAUAGCCUUGACCAACAAAAUGGGCAAAAUAAAAAUGAGACGCCCACACUGCAGCUCUCCAGCUUUCUCUCUGAAAUUGCAAUUCCAUAACAAGGCCAGUCCCAGCCUCAUCUGUCAGAUCAGGGAUCUAAAGGGAAGGGAACUUUCUCCAGUGCAGCCUGUUUGUGUUGUGGUAUGGCCAGCCUGAUGGUGGUGGGGCCACAGUGGGUGUGGCAGACAGGCUACUGAGGAGCCCACUUCUGGUUCUAUUGCCCCUCC